UUUUGGUUUAGCUGUUGCGAUUUUUGGCAUUACAUUGUAUAAGUUAGCGCAUUUGAAAUUAUUAUACAAUGCUGCGCCGCUAUACCGCGAGAGACGGCGUCUGAGGUGUCCGUGACGCUUUUCUUCCGAGCCACUUUAUAGUCUGACGUGCUUGGCACCUGAUGAAGUGCACGAUUUUUUUAUUCUUGGUAGCGUAUUGCCUUCAUUUUAGAGCUCUUAAUCAAUAUAAGAUCGAUAAACAAAUGCGUUAAUCCACGCUACAUUGAUUCAGACCUAUAGCCUAAAAUCCGCAUCACGCCUUACUAGCCAAUGAAUCAUCGACGAAGUCUUUGUUUAGCAACUGGUGGUCAUGAUGCACAAUCCGUGUUAGACAUAAUCAAAUUGUACCAAAGUCGCUGCAUCAUUUUUAAAUUUCCUGGACACAAGGAAAGCCCGAAAGCUGGCAAGCUAUAUACCCGGAGCCAACCAGCUGAUUAUUUCUUCCAUCGCUAACAUCCCCGAGUGUAAAUGUCCUUUGUGGACAUUGAUGUCUCUGUCGACACUAUUUAUAAUCAACUGGGAGAUAAUAUAGUAGUCGGUAGCAUUACAGCAAGUAAACAUGGUAGUGGUCAACAGACCUCCCUCAAUUUACCGAUUCUACUCACUUAUACAACACGUAACGCCGUCGAAAGACCGAACGAAGUACACUGCAAAGAUUGUUGAUUGGAGACGUGUAAAAGAAGGGAUCGAGUCUUAUGGAACGUUUCGGGUUUGUUUUUUAUAACAAAGAAACGCCUCAGAUUUGGCUCCUUUUAAAAGUAAAAACUGAUGCCAAAGCGAGAAAAUCGCAAUCCGCGGAAAAUUUGAUGUUGAACAGAGAAUGAAUUAUUGCUGCAAGUGCUUUAUUGGCGCCAAGUAAAGG